GCCGCGCGGGCUCGUCAUGUGAACGGCCACAUGCUCGGGCAGAAGUGGGUCAGCGGCGCCGCGGAGGGGCAGGUGCCAGAGCCUCCGGUGCCUCCCGGUGCCUCCCGGUGCCUCCCGGUGCCGCCGCGCUCCGCAGCCGCCGGCCCCGGCCCGGGACCCCUCGCCGCCCCAUGCGCCCCCCGGCGCGCCCCUGAGCGCUGCCGGCCACGAUGCGAGCCCAAAUCGAGGUGAUCCCGUGCAAGAUCUGCGGGGACAAGUCCUCAGGGAUCCACUACGGCGUUAUCACCUGUGAAGGCUGCAAGGGUUUUUUUCGGCGCAGCCAGCAGAACAACGCCAGCUACUCCUGCUCGCGGCAGAGGAACUGCCUGAUCGACCGCACCAACCGCAACCGCUGCCAGCACUGCCGCCUGCAGAAAUGCCUGGCGCUGGGCAUGUCCCGCGACGCGGUGAAGUUCGGCCGCAUGUCCAAGAAGCAGCGGGACAGCCUCUACGCUGAGGUGCAGAAGCACCAGCAGAGCCAGGAGCAGAGCGGCGGUGCCAAGGAUGAGCCCGAGCCCCUGAGCCGCGUCUACACCACCAGCGUGAGCAGUGGCCUCUCGGACCUGGACGACAUCUCCACGCUGUCUGAUGGGCUCCUCUUCGACUUCCCCCUCACCCCCGAUGGCAGCAGCACCUACUACAACCUCGACCUCCUGGCCUCGGCGCAGCCCUCGCCCGACCAGUCCAGCCUGGAUGUGGCCGAGGCCACGCUCAUCAAGCAGGAGUCCCUCUACGAGCUGAUGCUGGAGCCGGCGCUCUUCGCGCACGGCGCGCUGGAGGGCGGCCAGCUGGCCACCGACAUCUCUGUCCUUGAGAUUGACCGAAUUGCCCAAAACGUGGUGAAGUCUCACCUGGAGACCUGCCAGUACACAGCGGAGGAGCUCAAGCGCCUGGCGUGGACGCUGUACUCCCCGGAGGAAGUCCGCGCCUUGCAGAGCAAGAGCUGUGAGGCCAUGUGGCAGCAGUGCUCGCUGCAGAUCUCCAACGCCAUCCAGUACGUGGUGGAGUUUGCCAAGCGCAUCGACGGCUUCAUGGAGCUCUGCCAGAACGACCAAAUCAUCCUCCUCAAAGCCGGUUGCCUCGAGGUGCUCCUGAUCCGCAUGAUCCGCGCGUUCAACCCCUUAAACAACACAGUGCUCUUCGAGGGGAAAUUCGGCGGCAUGCAGAUGUUCAAGUCACUCGGCUGCGACGACCUCAUCGGCGCCGUCUUCGAGCUGGGGAGGACCCUGUGCCGCCUGCAGCUGUCGGACGAGGAGCUCGCUCUCUUCACGGCUGCCGUCCUGCUCUCCCCGGAUCGCCCCUGGCUGACGGAGUCCAAGAAGGUGCAGAAGCUCCAGGACAAGAUCUACGUGGCCCUGCAGCACGAGAUCCAGAAGAAACACUCCGCCGAGGACAAGCUCUCGAAGAUGGUUUCCAAGCUGCCCCUGAUGAAGACCAUUUGCAACCUGCACUUGGACAAGCUGGAGUUUUUCCGUCUCCUGCACCCGGAGACGGCCAUGAACUUCCCACCCCUCUAUAAGGAGGUUUUCAACUCGGAGCUUCAGUACAGCGACCCGCGGGAGAGCUAAGGCUGGGAGCCACCAGCCACCUCCUCGCUCCCCAGAUCUGUGAACGAACUGAACUUCAGAGGUUUGGGGCGGUUUAAGUCAAGUAAUCAAACCCAAGACAACCCGGGGGGGGCGGGGUAUCUCCCCAGCCCUGUUUCCUUGCUGUGGAUUGCAAUAGCUCUUGAAUGUAAAGCACCUUGAAGGAAAAGCAAACUGACUUUGCCAUACUAAUGAAAUGAAUGUGAAAUCUCCGCUCAGGAGAGGAGAUGCUCCUGUAAGUGGUAAGGCACCGACUCCUCCCUGUGGUGCAUGGAUCCGGGGGAGCACACGCCACGCGCACGCCGUUGUGCUCGUGGCGCGGUCCCUCCCGCGGUUCCGCCUGCACUCUGUCACUGACACUAUUUUUUUAAUUAUUUUUUUAAUUAUUAUUAUUUUUUUUUUUAACCCAAACACAAGGCAUGGGAUGAAGAAGGGGCAAAGCAGACUCAUCGGGACAGGGGUGAGCCAGGCAGCUGGGGGCAGCAGCCGGCUCCCAGCCGGACCCGAGGAGAGGGCGCAGGCAGAGGCUUUGCUUUAGUUCUUCUCCCAUGGGUGCAGCCUCAGGAGCUCAGCCCAGAAAGACCCACCCAUGGCUGGGGGUGUUCAGCACAGGAUUUCGCUGCAGAGCAGGCUGCCUGGAGGGAAAGGAGGCCCAGUGCAGUGGGGGAGAAGCUUUGCAGGGUCUCCAUGCCCUCCAUCGAGGUGUUUGCCCAAAGGCUGGGGCUGCGUGGCCGAGCUGCCCCCUCCCCAGUCCGGAUGGCUUUUCGGAGCAGAUUUUCUGGAGCACCCAAGAGGGGCUUUGUCCUUGUGAUUGUGGCCAAAUCUUGGCUCCUGGCUGCUGCACCCCAGAAGCAGCCACACGCCGGUCCCUACGUGAUGCUGUGAGCGGUGGCUCUUUCAGGACCUGGCUGUCACUUAGUUUUCUUAUUGAGACCUUUCCAAAUUCCCCAUGACUCAGCACCAGAGGAGGUUCUGUGGCCUCUCCUCCUCCUCCCAGCCCAGAGCCAGUCCUGCUGCCGUGUCCGCAAGGAGCGCUGCCUGGGCCACGGGUCGAGCUGCACCCAGGGAUUUCCCCCCAGGAGCUCUCCAGAACUGUUUAUUCUCUGCUUAGCAGAACCUGAGGGCUUUUUCAGGGUGAAAUCUAUCUUUGGGGACAGAGGGAAGCGAAAGGUCCUUAUUUCUUUCCUGGGAAGCUGUGCUGCUCCGAGCUUGGGAGGCCCAAAAGGCAAAGAACGGACGGUUUUGUGGUGUGAUGCUGGCAGGGUCACUCAAGGGGCUCUCUGGCCAGGCUCUGCGCGUAGAUUUUUCAGUCCCUGUUCCUGCUCCUCCUGCAGCGAAUGCCAAAAGCAACAAGGGAAAAACCUGCUACAAGGCAGCCCUGUUUUCUGCUGACAAAGGGCUAAAAUCCCAAGCUCCUUCUCGCUUCCUAUUGAUUUCUCAUGCGUCCAACCACAUCCUCUGGCAGUGUGGGUCAUCACCGAGCGUGAGCCGAAGACCUUCAUUUCUGUAACUGCACACCCUAAGCCAAACGAGCAGCUUUCUUAGUGAUGUAGGGGAUAUUCACGCUUUUAGUUAAAAGACCUCCUAGGGAAGAACAUGGACCAAACUCGAUCAGGGAAGACUCGCCAGGAAGGCGAAGGGAUUUCUGCUUCGGUGUAAGGCCAAGACAGACUUGGGAUUGUGCUCUUCCCCGGCAGCCGCCGUCCACCACACGCAGCUGUACGCUCUAUGGUUUUGUUAACCACCGUCUGAGCUGAUUUUCGGAGCACACUGGAGUUCAUCAGCCUCGUUUCUCUCCCCGAUGUCGGUAGACCCCACGUCUCCGCCUGAGCGUCCCAGCGGCCCCACGCAGUGCCGAGUGCCAAUGCGCUGUUCUCCAGCGCGGUGUUAGCAGGGGUGGGGAUGUGCCGUGCUUGUUUCCUGCCCUCUCGGAUCCUAAAGCUUGACAGAAGUGAGAAGUCAGUAUUGCCUUUUUCGUCUAGAGGGUUGUGCCUUUUUGAAAAAUCAUUUCCGACAGCACUGUUUGCUUCCUGGCUCCUCUCUCCAGGGAAGGCAGGCCUUAGGGAAAAGCACUCGAGAAAAUGAAUGUGCUUUGCAGAGGGGUUUCUGCCCUCCUGCAGAAACAGAGGGCAAGCGAUCCCUUUCUCAGAGGAAAUAGCUGCGGAUGUUUUGAAAUGUUUGGGAAAAAAAGCACACACCCUUCUUCACGUCCUUGGUAUUUGUCAGCCAACAUGCACGACUGGUCAAUGUCACCGUUCUCAUUUCAUCGGCAAAGAAACCAAGAAAGCACCUUAAAUCAGGAAAAGACUGAGCCCUCACCACGAGCUGCGUUUUUCCUGCUUACAGCAUCUAUCUAAUGGGAGAGAUUUGGGAUUCUGAGCAAUAAAAGCCAACGUGGGAAUCUAGGGAAGCCUGGAAGUAUUAAACACUAGUAACUAAAACCUGCCAAACUGUGGGAACCUGCACUUUUAUGUUCUCUUUAAACGAGCCCCCUCAUCGAUUAAAUUAUUCCCUGGGAGAGGAUCAACUUCUGUUUCACGAGGAGGGGAGUUUGGGCCCUGGUGCCCAUCGUGCCACCAUCCGAGAGCCGAACAAGUGCCCAGGGAUCUGGGCAGGUGCCGGGGGGCAGGCAGUAUGCGUCGAAAGGGAUGGUAGCAGCACACCGAAGCCCCUGUGUUGGCUGCAGCCCCUGCUUUCAGCUCGCUCCUCUGUCUUUGCCCAAAUAAACAGGGCCAUGGUCACUGUGCUGAGGUCCCUCGUGCUCCACUCUGUGCCACCAACAGACAGCGGCUUGGCAUCGCGAGGAAUUGAGCUUUAAGUGGAAGGGAGAACAAAAAAGCCUGGGUAGAAAUGCCUGGAAAAGGGAGAUUUGCGUGCUCCCUUGCACCGGUGUUGCAUGUGACAAGUGGAGAGGCUGCGUUGGAGCCCUGAGACCCCAGGCUCGCUCAGUGCUCGGUCCUCAGCAUCUCGGAGAAACAUUUCCGUCCCACCAGCAGCCAGACAUUUUGCCGCUUUAUUUUCAAAAAGACCUGAGAAAUGGUUCCCUUUAGCAGGGUGACCUCAGCUGCGAGGGAUUGCUCUUUUCCAGAUGAAGAUUAAUUUUGUGUUUGUUUGUUUGCUAUGGCAAUUUAGCUGAGUGUGCAUUUCCACCUCCAGAACCCUCACACUGUGUAUAAAAAUGGAUAAAAUAUAUAUAAUAUAUAUUCUUGUGAAUGUUGGUGCAAAAGAGAAAAUAUAUAAAGUUUCAGUCGGC